AUGAACGCCUCCGCUAUAUCGUUUUCUUCGGAAAAUAGCAUGUCUAUGAAACGACAACAUGGAAUUUUGUGUGACAACACUUCUGCUACAGAAGUUUGCAAAUCAACAGUUCUUGAUCUCGAAAACCAGUCAGGCGAUAUUAAAGAAAGUAUAAGCCAAGAAAAUGAAAUUCCUAAAAAUAACAUGCCAGUCGUCAUGACCGGAAUAUUGCUGACUACGUUUCUGUCAGCUUUAGACAGUACCAUUGUUACCACUGCUGUCCCAACCAUUGUGCACGACUUGUCAGGCAAGGUCGAUUAUUCUUGGAUUGGCUCAGCAUAUACGCUCGCAUUGACUGCCGUCCUUCCCCUUCUUGGUGUUGCUUCUGACAUGCUUGGUCGAAAAGUCGUGUUGUACAGUAGCAUCUUGUGCUUUCUUUUAGGCAGUGCACUUUGCGGUGCCAGUAAUUCUAUGAUCAUGCUCGUCAUAUGUCGAGCUGUUCAAGGCGUCGGAGCAGGCGGAAUAACGUCGCUGUGUUUUAUUGUUAUUUCUGAUAUUACCUCGCUUGCAAAUCGGUCAUUUUACACGUCAUUCAUCGCUUCAGUAUGGGGGAUCGCUUCAGUCAUCGGCCCGCUUUUAGGAGGCAUUAUAUGUCAAGGCACAACUUGGCGUUGGAUAUUUUUCAUUAAUUUACCUACCGGAGGAAUCUCUAUAGCAAUUCUUGUAUUCUUUCUUAAUGUCCCUGUUCAUGAUCGAACAACGUUCCGACACUUUCUGGUGACAUUUGAUUUUAUUGGGCUUACUACGUGCAUUGUUGGAAGUGUGCUCAUAUUACUUGGGCUCUCCAUUGGUGCGACAAAUAACGACUGGGUUCGCGUGAAUGUGCUUGUCUACAUCAUAGUUGGAGUUAUUUUGCUUAUAGUGUGUGCUUUCUGUGAGACCAAAACUACUAGAAAUCAGAUUCUUCCAACGUUCAUGUUUGAUAGUCUGUCAAAAUGUAUGUUUAUUAAGAAAACAAAUAACUUUAUGAUUCCUAUGUAUAUUGGGUGGUUAUUUAUGACUGCCGGUAUGGGGGCACUGACGGAUCUAAAUUACUCAAGUUCCGUCGGCAAGAUUAUUGCACUUAGUAUAAUCUAUCCAAUCGGCUCUGGAUGUCUGUUUCUGCCCCCUCUUCUCGCAGCACAGGCGUCAACGCCCGUGCAUGUGAUGGCGAUUGUUACUUCGGUUGUUAUGUUUGUUAGAAGCAUAGGUGGCAGCGUUGGCGUAAUCGUUGGAAAAGUCGUUUAUUCACAAACUUUGGCAGCUCUGCUUGGAAAAAAUGCCAAUACACUGUCGAAUAUGUCUUAUGAACAAAUUAAUACUUUCCCCCAAGAUGAAAGAAGUCAAUUGCUGGAUAAAAUGGGAAAAGCAUACCGAAUGAAUUGGAUUGUUGGUACAAUUAUAUCUGGUAUUGGGCUUCUUUGUCUGCUAACUGUAAGAAUGAAUGGCGCUUCUAAGCAAAAGUAA